CUAGCCAGAGGAGUAUAAAAUCUCGUGAAACACGUGCAGCAAGAUGAAAGUCAUUCUUAUUGUAUUACUGGCUGUGGCAGGAGUAUUUGGGGCAUGUCCGUACGGCCAUGAAGCUGUGUGGGAGGUCCAGAAAUGCAUGGAACCAAUGGAGAGGCUGGCGUACGGAGGUGGAGAUAACGUCGACUUCAACACAGGCUGCAGGGCAGCCAUGACGAUGGUCAACUGUAUGGACACGCUGAAGCACAACUGUCGCCGUAAUCCUCACAUUCAAAUGAUUGUCGGCAACUUCCAGUAUAUGAGAAACCAUCUGUACAGCAUGUGUGCUGGCCGUAAGCGCUCACUCCCCGACAAUACCAACGUGCUCGAUGUCGUUAAGCAACACAUGCACCACAUGAAACGCCGCCGUGAGGACAACAACUGAGCAGGGAUGAGAGUGCCCUGUUUGCGUGGUCAACUAUCGUGUAUUUGACGAUUGUCAAAUAUGAAAUCACAAGAGAAAUUUAUGGUUUUACAGAAUAAAUUUUUACAUAUA